AUGAUAGAGAUAUAUCAUGAUGCUAUGGGUAUAUGCAAGAAUUUUGAAUUUCUGGAUGUAUUUAUUACAUUUACAUGUAACUCACAGUGGCCAGAAAUCACCCGUUUUGUUCAGUCAAGAGGUAUCCACUCAGAAGAUAGACCGGAUAUAUUAUCCCGAGUGUUUAAAAUAAAGCUAGACAAUUUGGUGAAAGAUCUCAAAAAGGAACGUUGGUUCGGAAGAGUAAUUGCAUCGGUAUAUGGUAUUGAAUUCCAAAAGAGAGGGCUUCUUCAUGCUCAUAUGGUAUUGUUCUUAGACCGAGAUGACAAGAUUUCAAAUCCAACUGAUAUUGACAAAUUCAUAUCUGCAGAAUUGCCUGACAAGGACAAAGAUCCUUCGUUGUAUGCUUUGGUUACAAAUUUAAUGAUACAUGGGCCAUGUGGAUCAUCGAACCCAAAAUCCCCCUGCAUGAAAGGUAAUAAUUGUUCAAAAUUUUAUCCUAAGAGGUUUAAUGAAAAAACAUAUGUCGAUGAGGAAGGUUAUCCAUGUUAUAAGAGAUUGAACGAUGGUGCAACAUGUGUCAAAAAUGGCGUUGUAUUGGAUAAUAGAAAUAGAGAUAAUGGAAAUGAAGAUGAUGUUGAUGAGAUUCAAGAAUAUUAUAAUUACAAAUAUGUGUCCGCAAGUGAAGCUUCUUGGCGCAUCUUAGGAUUUGAAAUACAUCAUCGGACUCCAUCUGUGGAGAGGCUUAGUUUCCAUUUGCCAGGUGAACAUACAGUGGUGUUCAAUGAUGAUGACAUAAUCGAUAAUGUUAUGUCUAAGCCUUUGAAUAAGAGAUCAAUGUUCAUGGUAUGGAUGGAGUGUAACAAAAAAUACCAUGAUACUGCAAGUCUUUUAUACAGUGAAUUCCCAAGGAAUUAUGUGUGGCAAAGAAAAGAUAAGAUAUGGAUUCCACGUAAACGAGGAUUCACAAUAGAAAUUCGAACUGUUAAUGGAGUCGUACAUCCUACUUUUAAGGAUGCUUGCUAUGCUAUGGGCUUGCUCGAUGAUGACAAAGAAUACAUUGAUGGAAUUACCAAAGCAAGCUUCUGGGAGGAUCAGUUAAAGAACUAUGCUCUAUGUGAAAUUAAGGAGAUACUUCAAAACAUUGGUACUUCUCUAUUGAACAUAUGUUCUGAAAUGUGCCAAAGUGAUAUUUUUAAUAAAGAUGGUCAUAAUAAGCUAAUCAUGGAAGAACUUAAUUAUGAUAAGGAAUCAUUGAAAGCCAAACUGCAAAGUUUAAUUCCAUUGAUAACUGAAGAGCAAACCAUGAUAUACAAUGAAAUUAAUGGGGUUGAAAGAAAGGAGGGAGGUGCAUAUUUCCUCUAUGGGCAGGGUGGAACUGGUAAGACAUUUAUGUGGAGGAUUUUAUGUGCGUGUUUUAGAUCAAAGGGUGAAAUUGUCCUUCUUGUUGCCUCGAGUGGUAUAGCACCUUUGUUACUUCCAAAGGGAAGAACUGCACAUUCAAGAUUUGGAAUUCCAAUCACUGUUAAUGAAGAUUCAAUGUGUAGAGGCAUAGAACCUAAUAGUCCAAUGGCAGAUCUCAUUAAAAGAACUAAGCUAAUUAUAUGGGAUGAGGCUCCAAUGACUCACAAGCAUUGUUUUGAAGCUCUUGAUAGAAGUUUACAUGAUGUCAUUCUUUGCCCCAAUGGUAAAUCAUCUGAAUUAAGCUUUGGAGGCAAAGUUGUUGUCUUUGGUGGUGAUUUUAGGCAAGUAUUGCCAGUAAUCCCAAAGGGUACAAGACAAGAUAUUGUCUUCGCUGCCCUAAACUCUUCAAAGAUUUGGAAUGAUUGCAAGGUGUUGCGGCUUACAAAGAACAUGAGAUUAAGUCCAAGAUUAGCCAAUGUUGAUGAACUCCGAGAAUUUGCAGAUCGGAUUCUAAAAGUUGGGGAUGGAAAGCUAGGAGGACCUAACAAUGGAGAGGCUUUAAUUGAUAUACCUGAAGACCUCUUAAUAAGCGAUACAUCUGAACCAAUGGCUACAAUUGUUGAUUGUAUAUAUCCUGGAAUUCGUGAAGCACCAACAAAUGAGAUUGUUGAUAAUGUCAAGGAACAUGUAUUGUCUCUUUUUCCCGGAGAAGAGAUGACGUACUUAAGUUCAGAUUCAAUAAGCAGAGCUGACGGUAACUAUGAUAUCGACAAUGAUGUAUUUUCUAUUGAAUUUCUCAAUUCAAUACGCGCUUCAGGUGUUCCAAACCAUAGAUUAGUGUUGAAAUUUGGGGCUCCAAUAAUGAUGCUCAAAAAUUUAGAUCAGUCAUCAAGAUUAUGCAAAGGUACACACUUAUUGGUUGAUCAUCUAGGCGAUCGCGUUAUACAAGCAACUGUUAUAUCUGGUCUAACAUUGGCUAUAGGGUUUUCAUUCCAAGGAUUACAAUUACACCGUCAGAUAUCUCUAAAAUCCCAGUUGCUCUUCAAAGAAGGCAAUUUCCUGUAUCGUUAUGUUUUGCAAUGA